AAAAUGCUAACUGAGGGGAUUGUGGAAGACGACUUCGACCAAAAUGAAGAUGCGUGGUGCGCUCAACGGAACCUCGAGCACGAUCUCCAUUUGGCCGCCGAGCUGGGCAAAUCCCUUCUGGACCGCAACCGCGAGCUGGAGCAGGCGCUGCAGCAGAUUUACUCCACCAACCAAGAACAGCUGCUGGAAAUAGAGUAUCUGGCCAAGCAAGUGGAGCUGUUGCGUCACAUGAACGACCAGCACACCAAAGUUUAUGAGCAACUGGAUGUGUCCACCAGGGAUCUGGAGCAAGCCAAUAAGAAAUUGGUGCAGGAUGAACGCCUGGCGCAGAAGAAGAUCAACAGUUUGACAGAGUCCAUAGACGGGCUUCAAAUGCAUGUGGAGGGUCUUCAAAAUCAACUGGAAGCACUGACGUCAACCCAGUCAGAGCGAAACAAACAAGAAAAACGACGCAACCUCACCGCACAUAGUGUUUCUUGUCUUAAAGAGCUGUACAACUUGAGGCAUGACAGAUGUGUACUCAACGAUAGUCGACAAAUAGAGGGAUUGUGGUCACCGCAGAAAUGCAUCUACGAUCGAGACCCAGAAGACGAGCACGAGGCCCUUCUCGGCUCCGUCCGAACUCUCACCAAUCAAUUAGCCGCAGAGAAAAGUCGUCGGGAGGCGGCGGAAAGCGAGAGCCAGCUGACGGCCGAGGACAAGCGAAGCUUGGAAAGCCGGCUUGUCAUGCUGGCUGGUUGUCGGGACAGGCAGGCGGAGCUGGAGGUCCAGGUGGAGCAGCUCAGGCUCCUGUGGCGCUCCGACUGCGCUAAGAGCAGGAAACCUGUCCAACUACUUCUCCCUGACACGAUAUUCUUCACCUCAGACGACAAAGCCGAAGUGGAUCCCGCUGAGUUGGAGGAGGUUGACCAGAAGUACGCUGAUGAUGAUCACGAGCAGAUGUGCGUGCGGCGAGCGGAGGUGGUAAAGCGGAGGGGUAUCUUGCUGCUGAAUGAGGUGGAUGCACAGUACAGCGCACUGCAGGUGAAAUAUGAUGCACUGCUCCAGAGAUGUCAGCAGGCAAACGUGGGGCUCACCCACAAAUCCGUCCAAACGCCACGCAGCCCGUCUGCUAGCAGCCGUCCACGAGAACGCACGCUGGUGCCAGAAGAGCCUGAGUACAAAAUCCUCUUCAAGGAGAUCUUCACCUGCAUCCAGAAGACUAAAGAAGACCUGCAUGACAACAAGCUUGUCAGGGACGCUUCUGCCGUGUGA